AUGCGAGGAAAGACUUCUGCAGAAAACUUACUCUUUGAUCCCGAAAUCGAGAGAACUGCUAGAAGAAAUAAUAGUCAGAGAAAGAAAAGGAAACAACGAGCCAAACAAAAGCAGCUGCUAGAAGGAACUUCUGUUUCUAUUUCUUCAAUUUCUCCUAUAAUCGAAGACAUCAUGGCUGAAGAAGAACCUCAAAAUGGUGGUGGGGGUGUUAGGCCAUGCCACAACAGUCCAAGACGGCUUGCUCAUCUUGCAAGGCCACAAAGGGCAGCCAGACAAACUGAGAUGAAAACUGGACUUCUCCAGCUAUUAUAUGCUAACCCUUUUGCAGGUUUAUCGCACGAAGAUCCAUACAAUCAUCUUGUGAAGUUUUAUGAAAUUGCUGGUUCACUUGGUGCUUCUGAAGCGGAGGAAGAAUCGGUGUUCAUGAGAAUGUUUCCACACUCUUUAAUUGGUACGGCAAAAGACUGGUACCUUGACUUACCUGCUCAGGUCAUGACAAAUUGGAACACGUUGGAAGAAAAGUUUCUCGACAGAUUCUUCCCGCAUCACAAGUUCAUGGAAGCAAAGACAACAAUUGCGGUGUUUGCCCAAGGUUCAAAUGAAACUCUUUGUGAAGCUUGGGACAGAUACAAGUCUAUGUUACGGAAGUGUCCUAAUCAUGGCUUUGAUGAGCUCACUCAAAUUCAUAUCUUUCGCAACGGACUUCUUCAACAAUCAAAGCUUUUAUUAGAUGCUACAGCCGGUGGUUCAUUAUUGUCUUUAAAUGCUGCAGAUGCUACAGCAAUCAUAGAGAAGAUGGCACUUAGUGACCGUCAAAGUGAGCGCAACAAGAAUCCAUCACAAAGAAAAGCUGGGAUUCUUGAACUUGAUACUUCAGAUGCUGUUUUAGCUCAGAAUAAGCUUCUUACCAACACUGUGGAAGAACUUUCACAACAAAUGUCAAAAUUGAUUACUCUCCACGAAGGGUCUGGUAAAGCUAAGCAAGUAGCCUACUGUGAGCUGUGUACCGGAGACCAUCCAACAGGUCAUUGUCCGCCAGAAAAUGAGGAAGUGAACUUUAUGGGAAACCAACCAAGACAAGGUCAGUAUCAAAACAACACUGGCUAUCAAAGAGGAAAUAAUUCAAACUAUGGUCAAGGUUGGAGACAGGAUGCUGGAUCAUCGAAUAGACAAAAGCAAUAUGAAAGUUAUAACCAGUUACCUACUCAACAAAACCAAAACUCUGAUUUGGAAGUAACUUUGCAUAAAUUCAUGGAAAUGCAGCAAAAACAAUUACAACAGUACCAACAGCAACAACAACAGUUCCAACAGCAGCAGCAACAAUUCCAGCAAGAAACUCAAGUUUACCAAAGAGGCAAUGAUGCGGUGUUGAGAAAUCUUGAAACUCAAAUUGGUCAAAUAGCUAAACAAGUGGCCAACAAUACCAAUCAAGGAGGAUCUUUCGCCGCCAACACAUAA